GACAGCUACACCGACGAGACCUUUCCUACGGCUAUUACCUCGGUUACCGGCUGUUGUGUUUUCCCGUGACAAAGCCGGGGGUCAACUUAGUCCACGGGUGGAUACCGUCGCGGAUACCGCAGUGGGUUCAGAACAAACAUGAAGUUGCCUCGACGUGGUCGCACAAACAAGCCGAAGCCUCCGAGAAAGACGCAGCCAGCCAAAUCCCUGCCUCGCUAUUGCGAGGAAAAAUCCAAAUCCCCCCUCCCCGUAUCGAAAAGGUAUGUUUCCGAAAAUUUGUGUUGCUGAUUUGAGGUCACGCAUCGCAUUUGUCUUGCAAGAACACAACGGCAGAAGCUUCCGCCCCAUUAUGGAAGCGAUUUGUCAUGCUGUUGGGCCGAAAGGGGAGCCGUUUGCCAUGCUGAACAACUAGACCCAUACGCCCCGACCUAGCCUGGGGAUCUGGCCGCAGUGCCUCUCUGCAAUACAGACCUGAUGUGUGUACACAGGUCCAGCAUCAGAAAUUCCGUUUUGAUAUGGGGAGGGGGGGUUUUCCUUUCGAUACUCGCAGGCUGCAGUUCUUGAGCACGACAACUUCAUUGCCCUCCACUCCGGGGAGGAAUUCCAACCCAACACGGUUUUCACGGUCUACACGAGUCUGGACGUGAAAGAUUCCCUCGGCCCUGUGUUUGGAAGGAAAGGAUCCGCGAUCCCUUUCG